AUGUCAUGGUUGUCAAUUGAUCUUACCACUUCAAGAGCGGGAUAUACUGCUACCUUACUUAAAGGUGGGAAUAUCACUUACAUUGGUGGUCGUUCAGUGUCCAACAACUACAGCGAUAGUAGCUAUGUUAGCAUGUAUGAGAUUUUGAUAUUCGAUACCAACUCCUUAAUUACUGGUGACAGUAUUGAAAGCCUCGUAUUUCAUUCAGCUGUUUUAACUCGAGAUUCAAAAAUUAUAAUAUAUGGUGGCUCAAAAACGAAUUUGUCCAAAGCAGUAAACCCAGAUCUUGCAAUGCUAGAUAUUAAUGUUUACCCAUUUAAAUGGACAAUUCUUAAUAACUCUACUGUUGGUAAAUUUACUGGUACACCCGGUACAUCUGGUACAUCUUACGGUAAAACGAACUUAAAUAACAAGACUUAUAUUUUUGAUACAUUAAAAUUUGAAUGGGUCAAUACAUUAGAUAGAAGCACUCCACUUACUAAACUACAAAUCUUUGCAAUCACAAUUGGUGUAAUUGGUGCAGUUGCGCUUUUAAUUAUAGUAGUUAUAAUUUGGCGAAAGCGUAAAGAAGGCAUAAAAAAUGAACACCUUUCGUCUUUCUAA